CUAUAUAAGGCACUGAGGCGCACAGGAGGCACACAGUUCCUUCAGGAGCAGCGCCAACAGGCAGCGAGCUGUGCGCCAGCAGGUCCUCUCCGACAGGAAUAAUCCAGAGCGCAGAGGAAAGUGCGCAAUUCAACCCGCAGGAUCCCAGCAGAGAUUUGUUCCAGGACCGUCUCAUCAGCAGUUGUCUUUUCUGAAGCAGCCUGAAAGUGUCAGGAUGAUCUGUGCUGCCAAGGCCUGGCUCCCUGUCCUCGGUCUGUCCCUGACGCUGCUGCUGCUGUGUGUCAGGGACUCUGCUUCCCUCUUCCUCCCCGACUCCAAGGGGCUCAGGCAACUCCUGAGCCACUAUGAGAAUGAAGUGGACCACAACAAUGCCAGCAUCAGAAAUGGCAACAGGAUCCGAAGAGCUAUCCGUUGGUCAGACCGUGAGGAGAUCCUCCAGCUGCACAACAAACUGAGGGGUGGAGUGUACCCCACCGCCUCCAACAUGGAGCAUAUGGAAUGGGAUGAAGAGUUAGAGGAUUCUGCCACUCAGUGGGCGGAGCACUGCCAGUGGGACCACGGACCUGAGGACCUGCUCAUGUCGAUUGGACAGAACCUGGCUGUUCACUGGGGCAGGUACCGCUCCCCUGCCUACCAUGUCCAGGCGUGGUAUGAUGAGGUCAAGGACUAUACCUAUCCGUACCCCCAUGAGUGCAACCCCUGGUGCCCAGAACGCUGCGCUGGACCAAUGUGCACCCACUACACUCAGUUGGUCUGGGCAACCACUAAUCGAGUGGGCUGUGCUGUACAUGUAUGCCCCAGGAUGAAUGUGUGGGGACAAAUAUGGGAGAACGCUGUCUAUCUCGUGUGCAACUACGCCUCAAAGGGGAACUGGAUUGGCGAGGCCCCCUAUCAGCAUGGCACCCCAUGUUCUCAGUGUCCUCCCAGCUAUGGAGGAGGAUGUAGAAAUAACUUAUGCUACAAGGCCUCUGAGCGUUCAGAAACAGAAGAUAUGAAUGAAGUGGAAAAGCCUCAGGUUCCGCUGGUACCUCGCACUACUGUCAAACCUGCCACUAAACCCAAACCCUCAGGUCCCAAAAUUCCAGCAUCUAAGCCCUCCACUCCUAAAGUCAACACUCCCAGAACCCCAGCUUCCAGGACGCCCAGCAACACUUACCUCGCUCAAAACAUAAAGUGUGAAACUAGAUUACGAGAUAAGUGCAGAGGUGCAACCUGUAACAGAUAUAUCUGUCCUGCUAACUGCCUAAAUAAAAAAGGGAAAAUCUGGGGAACGCUCUUUUAUGAUGUGCAAUCAAGCAUUUGUCGCGCUGCUAUCCAUUCCGGUGUCAUUGACAACAGUGGAGGAUUGGUAGAAAUCACAAGAACGGAUAAGUUUCCAUUCUUCAUUAGAUCCACAAAGAACGGCAUCGAGUCUUUGAGUAAAUAUAAAGCCAGCAACGCAUUUACAGUGGCUGAAGUAGAAGAACUAUCAGCUGAUUGUUACACUACAGUGGCUGAAAUCUGCCCUUUUAAAAAGCCCUACUCAAACUGUCCAAGAGUCUUCUGCCCAGCCGGCUGCAAGGAGCAGCCCUCUUAUUGGUCUCCCGUCAUCGGAAACAACAUCUACACAGAUAGCUCCAGUAUUUGCAAAGCAGCCAUCCAUGCAGGAGCCAUCCCAGGAGACGGGGGCUUUGUGGACAUCCUGCCGCUAGACAAGAGAAAGAACUAUGUUGGAGUUCUGAAAAAUGGCAUCCGGUCUGAAAGCAAGAGCCACACGGAUGGAGGUUCUUUCCGCAUCUUCGCUGUGAGGGAGUGAGACGUCGCUCAUCCUGAUGCAGACAGAAUCCCCUGAGCUGCUUUUAUUAAACAGUAAAACAGACCCACAGGUUUGACACCACAGUUAUGUAUAUGUGCCUGAAGUGGGAGCAGACACCAAACACUUUGGACGCCUUCCCACUGAAACAAGACGCAUCCAUUAAAAGUAAUUGCUGUUUGGUGUGUUGACAGACCUUUAUGUUUUUAACUUCAGAUAUGGAUUUUAUUUGAAACACUUAAUCUGUGAAUAUGUAAUGCUGGGAUAUAUUAGAUCAAACUGUCAUCUCGUUGCCAUAAGAUUAUCUAAUUUGUUUAAUCCUGUUUUAUAGAAAUCAUCAUGUUUACAGUGCUGUUCUUAUUACAAAAUUAUGAAUUGGCUUUUAUACACAGGAAUGUAUACAGAUUACACUGUAUUUAAUCAUUGUGUACAGAAUAUGAGAGUUUGUUGUUGUUUUUUUUAAAGGAAUGCAACAUAUUAAGAUUUUUAUGCUCAAUUUUAUUUUGUGUGUAUUUUAUCACCUUCUUCUGCCCAUCAGGAAAAUUCUUGCUUUUCAACAAGAUUUAGACUGUGAUGCCAAAUCGGUCUAAAUUGUGUGUAUAUUUGAAGUGAAAAGCUUGUUUUUAGACCCUGAAAAAGAGAGGAAAUGGUGCAUUAACCUGAAGUGCAUACAGGCAGCAGGUACUGCUGCAGGGAAAUGUUGCUUCCCUGAAGAAUGCUUCAGUGCCAGACAUGUGGAGGUGAUUUAGAGAAGGUGUUCCACUGGUCCAUUCACUGUGGAGUCCAGCUUUGGGUCAGAUUGAUCUCUACAAAGGUGCAGAUACAGAGAAUAUAGUUAGUAACACAUGCAUUUAAAAUAUCAAACAACUCAUGUUGUCCUUUUUGCUUUAUUAUUUUCAAUUGAUUUCCAUUCCGUUCUACAUUUCUGUUAUUUAUACAUGGAAAAUGCUCCACUUGUGUCUCCACAGAUGAAUACACAGCAUGCUACAAGGCCAAAUGUUCAGAUUCCCUUUUUGCAUAAAUGCAGUGCAUCAUAGGAAACAUUGUAUUUGGGAGAUUUGUACAUAUAAACCAUUUUAUUGUUGUUAAGAUACUGCGAAAUUACCCCAUUUAGAAAAAUAAACACAACUUACCAGCUUCAACAUAUUUUCCUUUCAACACGUUUAAACUUUUUAUUUAUUCUACCUCAGUCCUAAUGCUAUGCAAGAUAUUGUAGCCUGUUUUUAAUGGAGAAUACUAAAUUCUUUGUAAAGUUAUGGGAAAUGUAAAUACCAAGAUUUGUGUUUAUGAAUUAUCUUUCAUGCUUUGAGAUGAUUAUUAAAAUGUUAAUUUUA